CGUGCCCUAAUUCUCUAAUGACUUGUUCAAAUUCUAUACAUAUAUAUAUAUAAUCGUCCAUUUCCGGUUAACGGCGAACUGAAAAUGGCGCCCAAGCCAAAAUGUACUACGGCGGCGACGGCGGCGACGGCGGCGGUGGUGAAGGAGGUGCAUUACAGAGGCGUGCGGAAGAGGCCUUGGGGAAGAUACGCGGCGGAGAUUAGAGAUCCAGGGAAAAAAUGCCGUGUUUGGUUAGGUACGUUUGAUACCGCUGAAGAAGCAGCGAGAGCGUACGAUAAAGCUGCGAUUGAGUUUCGAGGUGCGAAAGCGAAAACUAAUUUUCAGAUGCAGCAGCAGCCGGACGAUGUGAUUCGGAGUCCGAGUGAUACGAGUACGGUUGAAUCGUCGUCUGCGGCGGUUGCGGUUGUGGUUGCGAAGGCGCCGGCAAUGGUGGAAUCGAUUCCGUUAGAUCUAAGCUUAGGAAGCUCAUCAUCGGCCGUUGGAAUUUUUAGCAAAGGUGUAGGUAAGUUUUUGUUUCAGAAUUCUCCGCCGAUGUACUAUUUUCAAGGAGCUGGAGUGAUUCGUAACGGCGGCGGCGGUGGUAGUGGAGAUGGAGGUGGUGCUGGUGGUGCCGGCGGGAUGAUGAAGAGUGAAUCCGAUUCAUCAACUGUGAUAGAUUUCAUGGGUAACAAUUUCAAGCCAAAAGCUAAAUUCGACCUUAAUCUUCUUCCGACACCGGAAGACAUGUGAAAAUUCUUCUGUAUCGAUCGGAAAGUUGCCGGAGUUGAUUAUCGGAGAUUCUGCAUGCUUUUUGAACUUUUGUUUUAUUUAAUUAGUUGUAAGUUUGUUUUAUUAGCGUUAAAUUCCCCUCUUAAUUACCAGUAAUUAGUGAAAAAAAAAAGAUAAAAAGGGAAACUAUAUAUAGUCUAUAUAUAAGGCAAAACGAUGACGCUCUGUUCAUCGAGUUACUAAUGUGAAUAUCCAAAAAAAUCUGAACUUAAAAGAAAAGAAGUUGGGAAUAAAUAAAUCUUUUCAUUUUGUUCAA